GCGGAGACCGUUGCAAUUCAAUUGCAAAAAGGAUGCACUUCCUGGCACUGGUCUGACAAUAUAGGGCCUGUGAUGCUGCUUAUAUAGCCGCACGGGAGAGAUCGGGGGAUCACAUAGUCCGACAACGAGAACGCAGAAGGCGACGACGACGACGCUUGUGACCCACUGCUAUCUGUGUCCGCACAGCACCUUGCAACAUAUUCAGUAUGACUAUACUCCCGUAUUGAUGUAAGGCUAGAGCAAGAUCAGAAAUGUACCCACUCCAUGCACCGGUUACACUUCACCGACAACGAUCGAUGAUGAAGGCGAUUCUGGCAAACCGAAUAGAGCCAUGGUCUGGGCUUAUUUUCAAUCCCGGACUAGAAAAGCGUGCGAGGAUGGCACUCCGGGAUGUGCCUCUCCUAUGACGAAAAAAGGUCGAACACGAACACUGAGGCGGAUGACCUUGCCGAUUUAGGAUUCCAUCGGGUCAAUCCGGUGCGUACAACCAGCUGUCAUUCUCGGUUAGUGGAACAAAUGUUCUGUCAUAGCCAAUUAAACACAUACACACAAACAAGCAGAAAUGGAAGAUCGUACAACAAACAAUUUCGAUCUUCUAAUCAAAAAUCUCUUGGGCAAAUUCAAUACAUUGCUCGAUUGUCCCGCAAGAUUUCGCGGCUGCUAUGGUGGACAAAGUAUACAGCGUUUCAUUGAAUAUAUAAAAUCUUAUAAAAGAGUUAAAUGUAUAAGCGAUGAGCAGGCAUUACAAGAAUUGGGCUAUCUAUUAACGGAACAUGCCCAUUUAUGGUGGUUAAGAAGGAAGUGUCAUUUUACAACAUGGUCCGAAGCACUGACCGCCUUACAAAAUCAGUAUGUUAAACAGAGACCGGCCUAUUUAAUAUACAAGGAUCUUUUUGAGCAUAAAUUUGAAGACUAUACGGCAGAGGAGGACUUCAUCGAUGACAAGUAUGAGCUUUUGACUGAAUUGCCAGAUCCCAUGCAAAGUGAAAAAAAUAAAUUAGACAUGAUCUUUGCCUUAUUACCUCAUAGUAUACAGUCGAAAUUGGAAUAUGCCAAUAUAAUCAAUGUAGCAGAAUUAAAAGAGCAAAUUUUAAAAUCCAAAAAUAGACAAUGUAGCAAAGUGAUGGACAGCAAGGAGAAAGAGUGUACCAGCAAUGCCCCGCAAUACCCAAUUAAUGGCAAAAGAAAAAACAAUUUCGAUGAACAGCACGGGAUUAUGGCAACAAGUGCCUUAAAUCAUGUUGAAACACUAUGCUUGCCCUCCACCAGCACCAUACUCAACGAUAAGGAUCCAGUUAUCAAGGUUAGACGAACCGAAGACCUAAUGCCACCCAUUAAAGUUGAAGCAAGCGACGACACCAAUGUGGAGCAUCAGGAGGAAUUCAUAAGUACAGCCACAGUUUUGCCCGGAGGCACUCGGGAGAACCCGAAUUUUCAAAUUGAUAUGGAUAUAAUGAAUCAGAUAAAUAAUAUUAUAGAUGAGUCUGAACUGAAUUGUGAUAGUCUUUGUGAUACCACAGUGCAAAUAUCAUCCAUAAUGUCUAUCAAAGAUAGCCCCACAACAACGAUAGGUUUUCUUCUUAAUGGAGAAACAACAAUCCAAGCCGAAGUCAGUAAAAAGCCCCACCCAGCUGUGUGUGCCGAUGCAACUUCUACACGAAAACGUAAAUUACGUUGCAGUUAUUGUCGAAGUUAUGGUCAUGGUUUUCAGAACUGUAUGAAAAGGUUAAAACAUAUAGAGUUAAAACUUUUACAAAAAUCUCAAGAGCCACAGGAAGCUCAGAAUUGUAUGAAAAGGUUAAAGCAUUCAGAAUUAAAGCUUUUACUAAAAUCUCAAGAGCCACAGGAAGAUACAUCUAAAGAUAAAGAUUCCAAAAGGGGCGACGACACUGUGACCAUUGUAAAUAUUACCAAUGAUAAUGAUAAUUCCAAUGCUUCCACAAAUGAUGUUUCCAAUGCUUCCACAAAUGCUUCCAUUACUACCACUAGCACAGCAUCACCUCUAGUUCAUCACAAUGCAUUUGCGACAGUAACAACAACAGCUCAACAGAAUAUGGUAACCUGUGUAACAACUUCAACGCCCACCGUUAGUCAUAGCAUUUCCAUAGGCCAAGUUUCGACAACAUUUAGUCAUCAACAUAUCACAACUACAGCAACCUCAUCAAAUCCCUCCAGUCCAGCAGCAGCACUUACAACAAAACUAAUAGCACCGAUCAACGGACCAUGUCCUAGUAAACAAAUGGCUGCCAAGUUUCGAAAUUUAAAUCAGCCUUCGCCUAAGUGUCAUCAGUGUGGUACCGUGGGUUUCUACAAAAGUAUUUGUCCUAAUUGUAGUCCUAUAUAUAAUUCACAAAAACUUUAGUCCAUAAAAGUCAAGGAGAAUAGUCUAUAAAGCAAAAGUGAUGUGAAUAAAUUGCAAAACAUUAUAAACCAUAGAAAUCCAAGCUAAGAAAACUAAAAAGAAGAGGUUGCCAAUUAUAGAUAUUAACUUGAAAAAUUUAGAAUAAGUGGAAAAGAGGAUAAUGUUUUCCUUCCUCAAAAUAAGCCUUAGUAAGCAGCUAGUUUUGGAUAACAGUUUUUGAAUGUCAAAAUACUAAGAGUCUAAAUCGUUUUCGGGAGUGCGAUUUAGAAUGAGUCCCUGCUCGGGCGCCAUUCGAAGCGUGGUUUGGUAUGGCCGGCUGAGGGUUUACUUUUAAGGACGCACAAACCUUAAAAAAAGCAGUAAUUGUGUAAUUUGGUGAAUAAAGUCAAUUGUAAUCUUA